AUGCGUUUCUUCGUUCUCGUCGCGCUCGCUACCACUGCCCUUGCAGUCGCUCUGCCCGAGCCCCAGAAGUGCAACCCAAGCAUCAACUGCUGCACUUACACCGAGACAGCAUGCAACAACCGUGGCGACGCCUGCACAGCGACCUGCAAUGGCCAAAAGCGCAGUGGUUCCUGCAAUGACUUGGGCAGCGGCUCCCUCUCCACGAUUGCAUGGCGAUACAGGAGCGUUCAGCAUUUGAAAGCGUUGAAAUUUGAUACCACCUCAUCAAGUGACAGAGCAUGUGGCAACAAUGGAGCUUCAGGAGACAAGACACAGAGCCUCAAAGGUGGUCGCCGCAAGCUGGUAAAUAGCAUGCGAUGA